AGCGGCGGCCUCGCCACUGCGCAGGGGGUUGUUCUGGUAUCGGACGAAAAAUGAAUGGCGUGCGCAGCGGGAAGCCUGUCGACGGUCCGCCGCCGCAGAUGUUCGCGUGCGCCCGCGCCGACUGCGGCGCGACUUUCACCAGGCAGUGGAAGCUGAAGGAGCACGAGGCCGUGCACACCGGCGCGAAACCGUGUCAGUGCACAGUCGCUGGCUGCGGUCGCCGCUUCUCGAGAACAUCCCACCUGAGCCGCCACGCGCUUCAGCACCAUGGCGUGAAGCAAUUCAAGUGCAAGUUCGCGACCUGCACGAAGAGUUUCUUCGACUCCAGCAAACUGAAGAGACAUGUGUGUUACGCCCACGGAGAGAGGAAUAAGUACUUCAAGUGUAACCAGCCAAACUGCUCCUUGACCUUCAAAAAGCGCAGACAGUUUAAGCUGCACUUAAAGGAGCAUGGAGCACCUGUUGAGUUCAAGUGUUCGAAGGAGGGGUGCGCGGCCACGUUUGACUCCCAUAUCACCCGCAAAGCCCAUGAGAAGAAGCAUGCAGGCUACCGCUGCCCUCACGCUAACUGCCAGGUGCUUGAACACACCUGGGGGAAACUCCGGAAGCACAUGGCCAAGCACCCAGCCUCGUUUUCAUGCAAAGUGUGCAAGAAGGUGUUUAAGAAAGCGGAUUCUCUGCGGAGACACAAACGGAUCCACGCUUCCCAUAAGCCCGUGCUGGUCUGUCCCAGGGACGACUGCCAGGCCUACUUCUCGACGACCUUUAACCUGCAGCACCACAUCCGCAAGGUGCACCUCGAGCUCCUCAAAUACAAAUGCUCCUUCCCUGACUGCCCACGCAUGUUUGCUAUGCGGGAGAGUAUGAACAGACACCUGCUUAGUCAUGACCCAAGCGCAAUCACUAUGAAGAAACGUCAGCGGCCUAAGAAAUCCUGGCAGAAGCGUUUGAACGGACACCACCUGCCCCUUGUGGAGGAAAACCUACGUCACCUCUUCGCCCUGCGUAUGCGAAUCUCCAGACGUGCCAAAGUGGAAACCAACCUCUCAGGCCUCUUCAAUGAACGCAAGAUCCCUCACUACGUCGACCCAGAAGUCAACCUGCGCAGCCUGUUUGGCAUCAAACAGUCUCGUCCUUCGGAGGAGAAACCUGAGGUCGCACCGAUAAAAGGUUAAAUGUGGGGGGGGGGAAAUGCAUCUGCGGUUUGACUAAGUUUGAACUUCCUGAAAAUCUUUGUAGGUUUUGGACUUUUCAAUUUAAUUUGAGAAACUGGAAAUUUGGGUCUCUUUGGUUUACACUUUUUAAUGUAGCUGACAUACAUUAAAAUAUUUUAAUUUCAAAGGACGUAUUGAAUGUCACUCGAAACAUUGAUUACGAUGUCAAGCUUUUGAGAAUUUCAAAGACUGAAAUGAUUGUAACAUGACAUUUGUUGACCCAAUAAAAUGAGUUACAUUUUUGA